CAGCUGUUGAGAGCGACCAUGGACCUCGACAGGGGCCAUGGGGAGGCUGCUCCUCAAGGUUGGUGACCUCCUCACACGGGAGUACAAGCUGCAGACGGGCGUCAAGGACGAUGUUGAGUAUCUUAAGAGAGAGCUGGAGAGCAUGUAUGCUGCCCUCUGCAAGGUUGGGGACGUGCCACGAGACCAGCUCGACAAGAAGGUCAAGCUCUGGGCCAACGAAGUCAGGGAUUUGUCGUUCAUAAUGGAGGACAUCAUCGACAAGUUCCUGGUGCGCGUUGAGGGAGCUGAGCCUGCCAUCAAGCCACGCAAACUCAAGGAUUUGUCGUUCAUAAUGGAGGACAUCGUCGACAAGUUCCUGGUGCGCGUUGAGGGAGCUGAGCCUGCCAUCAAGCCACGCAAACUCAAGAAGCUCAUGAAGAAGAUGGGGAACUUGUUCAGCAAGAGCAAGACUCGCCAUGAGAUCUCGGAUGAGAUCAAAGACAUCAAGCUCCGCGUCAAGGAGGCGGCUGACCGACGUGAUAGGUACCGGGUCAACGAUGUGGCCGUUAAUCCAGUUGGCGCAAUCACUGUUGACCCUCGCCUAUUGGAUUUCUACAAGGACCAGAAAGAGCUCGUUGGUAUUGAUGAUUCAUUGAAUGAGCUAACCAAGAUGAUGAGUGACGGGGAUGGUGAUGUGUCCAAGCAACUCAAGAUACUCUCUAUUUUUGGAUUCGGAGGACUUGGCAAGACAACUCUUGCCAAAGAAGUGUAUGAUAAGCUUAAAGCGCAGUUUGAUUGUUGUGCUUUUGUUCCGGUAGGACGGAACUCUAGCGUGAAGAAACUUCUCAAUGGCAUACUCCUUGAAAUUGCUGGGCAGAAGUACUCGGAGUUGGAUGAAAGGCAGCUAAUCAACAAACUCCGAGGAUUACUCGAGAAUACAAGGUAUUUGGUUGUCAUUGAUGACAUAUGGGAUACAAAAACAUGGGAACUGGUCAAGACCGCUUUGGUGUGUAACAAUUGUGGAAGCAGGAUAAUCACAACUACUUGUAUACUCGAAGUUGCCACAAUGGCCAGUGAAGUAUACAAGCUACAACCACUUUCUCUUGAUUUAUCCAAGGAUUUAUUUCAUAGAAGAUUAUAUGGUGCUGCAAUAGAAUGGCCUAAUCAUCUUCCAGCAGAGGUAUAUGAUAAAAUUUUACAUAAAUGUGGUGGUGUACCAUUGGCUAUAAUCACAAUAGCUAGUUUGCUUGUCGGUAAACCUGUGGAGCUUUGGUCUAAGGUAUACACUUCUAUUGGUUUUGGGGAUGAAGAAAAUGAAGACGUGGAGAACAUGAGAAAAAUACUAUUAUUUAGCUAUUAUGAUCUACCUUGUCACCUAAAGACUUGCUUAUUGUAUCUGAGCAUAUAUCCUGAAGACCAUCUGAUUGAAAAAGAUAGUUUGAUAUGGAAGUGGGUGGCCGAAGGUUUUAUCCAUGAGGAACCAGGGGUAGGACUAUUCGAGAUUGGUGAGAGGUACUUCAAUGAGUUGGUAAACAAAAGCAUGAUAGUGCCGGUAGAGGAGGCCCUGUAUUUAGGCAUGGAAAUGCAUGUUGGCACCAUAACUGGAUGUCGCGUCCAUGACAUGAUGUUGGAUAUGAUAUGCCUAUUGUCAAAGGAAGAAAAGUUUGUUACUGUAUUGGACAGUGAUGAGCAAUAUACAACUUCACAUUGCAACGCUCGUAGGCUAGCUGUUCAACAUAUAGUCCGACCUCUGGCUAGCACGUCUACAUUACAAGCAAGGUCACUUAUUGCCAUGUGUAAUAUUGAGAUGUUGCCAUCACUUUCAUGCUUUGAAGUUUUGCGUGUUCUAGCUUUGGAAGGCCCCUAUGAUUCACACCAUCCUAGUCAUCUUGAUCAUGUUGGAAAGUUAGUUCACUUGAGGCACCUCAAACUAUCGAGCAUGGAUAUCGGUGAGCUCCCAAAGGAAAUAGGAUAUCUAAAGUUCUUGUUGGUAUUGGACUUAGGUAGAAAUAGCAUACGUGAACUUCCAGAGAGUAUUGGUCGACUAAGUCAACUCAAGUGCUUGAACAUCUGCGAAACAGACAUUGAAGUGCCAUACUGGAUUGGGAAUUUGACUUCUCUGGAAGAGCUAAGCCUAGGAGAAGUUGAUGAUGACAACUUUGUGAUAGAGCUAGGCAAGUUGACAGAGUUGAGGAAGCUCUACAUUUCUGGAAUUUUAAAAUUAUCCAAUGAUCGCGCAAUGAAUGGCUGGGCGGAGUCCGUAGACAAAGUGAGCAAGAUCCAAGUCAUAGACAUUAGCUUAGUUUUAGGGCGUAGAAUUUCCCAUCAUGAAGAGAACCCGUGGGAACGUCUAUGCUAA